AUGAAGGCAAUUUCAGUGGACGACGAAACUCUCCUGAUCGUAGAGGCUUCGGAGAACGGAAUGACUACGGUCCGUCCGGCAGAGGAGGACGAUUUAGCGGGGAGAGCUCCAGUAGAGGAGGACGAUUUGGUCAAAGCAAAUGUUGGGAACGAUAAUGAAGAUGACGGUCGCGGUCGACGUGGAAAUGGCUUUAAAAGUAACGGAGGUUUUGGCAAUAAGAAUGCGUCCGGCUUCGGAGGAGGCGACGAUUAUUCGAAAGGAGGAGACCAACAAGGCGUGAGAGAAUUCUAUUCCAGCGGUAUGGCAGAAAUUUUCGUUUCCAGCUCCAGUUUUGUUUGA